AGAGAGAGACAGAGAGAGGGAGGGGGUGAGCGAGAGAGAGAGAGAGAGAGAGAGAGAGCGUUCUCUCCCGGUGCACUUGGCAGUUAGUUGCGGGCUGCUGUGCUGUUGCUGUCGUGGCGGUGUGGCUAGUCGCGGGGAACUUUAGCACACUGGAGCCCGAAGUCCCACUCUCUCACCUGCGCAGUUCGGAGCUGCCAUGGGUCUCGCGCCUGGAUUGACUAUCUUAAUCAUUCUGUCGGCCUUUCUGCACACGAGUGGCCUAUAUAUCGCCAGUAGCGUAGACUCCCUGCAGCAUGUCCUGGGGGAGUAUGGACUGGUGAGGCCCGUGAGCGUGGACGCAGACGGCCGCUUCCUGUCCCACGCCGUGUCGGCCGGCCGGCCGGGGGUGGGGGCGGGGCAGCCCCAUAGGCGCUGGAGGAGGGAGACCGGAGAGAACGGGGGAGGAGGAGGCGGAGGAGAUGAAGAAAGAGAGGAAAUGUACGAGGAGGAUGGAGGGCCCCGACACAGACAGCUUUACUACAACGUCACCGUCUUCGGCCGGGAGUUCCACCUGCGUCUGCGGCACAACGCGCGACUGGUGGCCCCCGGAGCCAAGAUGGAGUGGCACGAUGAUAACGACAGCAACGGGACAGCCACGCGCUCCGAGCCACUGCAGGGAGACUGUUUCUACGUGGGUGACGUCACAGACACGCCCGGAGCCACCGUAGCAAUCAGCAACUGCGACGGCCUGGCUGGUAUGAUCAGGACGGAAGAGGAGGAGUUCUUCAUCGAGCCGGUGGAGAGGGGGAAUGGAGUGAUGGGGGAGGAGGAGGGAGGAGGAGGGCGUCAACACAUCGUCUACCGAUCCUCCUCUGUGAAGAAAACGCCCGUCAGCGGCCUCGCGGCAGACUACCACUCUAGAGGUGCUGAUCUGCCUAGUAUGAUGGACCUGGAGUCCCUGUAUCGUGGUGUGGAGCAGAGAAUCAACCAGACCCGAGCCCAGAGACAGAGGAGACAGAGUCCAGAAAGAGCCUACAACAUUGAGGUCCUACUGGGGGUGGACGACUCUGUGGUGCAGUUCCACGGCAAGGAAAACGUCCAGAAGUACCUGCUCACACUCAUGAACAUCGUGAACGAGAUUUACCAUGACCACUCUCUGGGAGCCAGGAUCAACGUGGUGCUAGUACGAAUCAUCAUGCUGGGCUAUGGGAAGUCUAUGAGUCUGAUAGAGUUGGGGAACCCAUCUCAGAGUCUGGAGAAUGUGUGUCGCUGGGCCUUCCUGCAGCAGAAACAGGACACAGGAGAUACAGAGUACCACGACCACGCUAUAUUCCUCACACGGCAGGAGUUUGGGCCUACCGGCAUGCAGGGCUUGUAUGAGCACGACCCCAGGGGAAUCGCCUGUGGAGACGAGGUGCACAUGGGAGCAUCAUGGCCCCGUUGGUUCAAGCUGCCUAUCCACCGCUUUCACUGGUCCCGCUGUAGCCAGCAGGAGCUAGGACGAUACCUACAAUCCUACGAGUGUCUUCGUGAUGACCCCUACGAACAUAACUGGCCGUCCCUGCCCAGACUUCCUGGUCUGCACUACUCCAUGAACGAACAGUGUCGCUUCGACUUCGGCGUGGGCUACAUGAUGUGCACCGCGUACCGGACGUUUGACCCCUGCAAACAGCUGUGGUGCAGCCACCCUGACAACCCCUUCUUUUGCAAGACCAAGAAAGGACCACCCAUCGAUGGCACCAUGUGUGGGGAUGGGAAGCACUGCUUCAAAGGUCACUGUAUCUGGCUGACCAAUGACAUGAUAAAGCAGGAUGGUGGGUGGGGCGUGUGGAGCCAGUUUGGGUCCUGCACUCGUACCUGUGGAGGAGGGGUGCAGUUUAGAACCCGAGAAUGCAAAAGCCCCAGGCCUGCUAAUGGAGGUCGUACCUGUCUGGGGACUAACUACCAGUUCCAGCUGUGUAACAGCCAGGAGUGUGAGGAGCURUACAGUGACUUCAGGGAGGAGCAGUGCCGUAGCUUGGACCCUGAGUUUGAGUUCCACAACAACAAGCACCACUGGCUGCCUUAUGAACACACGGAACCUAAGCAGCGCUGCCACCUCCAUUGCCAGUCCACGGAGACCCGAGACAAGAUCAACAUGCAGAGGCUGGUCCAAGACGGCACGCGCUGCUCAUACAAAGACCCCUACAGCGUGUGUGUGCGCGGGGACUGUUUCCUCAAAGUACUUGAAAUCCCUCGAGGGGCGAGACACCUACUAAUCCAAGAGAUUAAGCCAACCGCACACAUCCUAGCGGUGAAGAACCAGGCAUCAGGACAGUUCUUCCUGAAUGCGGAGGGAGACCUCCCAGAAUCCCGUGCGGUCAUAGAGAAGGGUGUGGAGUGGGAAUACAUGAAUAAUGACCAUGACAAGGAGACACUACAGACCAACGGACCACUCAGACACGGAGUCCUCAUCAUGGUGCAGUCCCAUGGAGAUGCCAAGGUGACCCUUUCCUAUAAGUACAUCAUCCACAUGGACCUGCUGUCCGCAAUAGAGAACAACAUGCUGCUGGAUGACUCCUCCUUCUACGAGUGGGCCCUGAAGAAAUGGUCCUUCUGCUCCAAGCCCUGUGGGGGAGGUAAGCAGUAUACCCGGUUCGGCUGCAGAAGGAGAGCGGACAGUAAGAUGGUCCACCGACGCUACUGUGAGAACAUCAAGAAGCCUCGCGCCAUCAGCAGAGACUGCAACCAGAAGGAGUGCUCACAGCCCAUCUGGGAGGAUGGUCCGUGGGAGCCAUGCAGUAAGACGUGCGGUAAAACAGGGUACCAGGUGAGGUCCGUUCGCUGUGUUCAGCCCUUAGACAGCGGAAACAAGCGCUCCAUUCACAGCAAGUACUGCAAUGACGACCGGCCUGAGGCACGCAGGCCCUGCAACAGAGAGCUCUGCCCUGCACAGUGGAGAGUAGGGCCCUGGUCACAGUGCUCGGUGACGUGUGCCAAUGGGACACAGCAGAGGCAGGCAUUGUGUCACACGCGUGACAACACCAUCGGUCUCUGCCUGGACAGCAAGCCAGACACCAUCCGCAUCUGUCGCCUGGCGCCUUGUCCCAGAGGCUCGUCGGACCUGAAUAAGAACGGCAACAUCCUGAUCCAGUGGCUGUCCCGUCCUGACCCAGACUUGCCCUACCAGAGAAACAGCUCACGCAAGCAGCGUUGUCAUGGAGACAGGUCAAUGUUCUGUCGCAUGGAGGUGCUGAUCCACUACUGUGCUCUACCGGGCUACAGGCGCAUGUGCUGCAAGUCCUGCAGCAACGUGACCAACAGCAGCCUGACCACCAGUCUCCCUCCCCGGGUCACAGCUCGCCCGCUGCCUCGCCCCCUGCCUCGGCCUCUGCCUUGGCCCAAGGACAACAACACCCCCCUUCAGCCCACAGUUCAUCCAAGAAGUACAAUGCAUAUACCUUAUACCACGCCGCGCCCGAUGAGCACAACACACACCUAUACAACACCUCACCCAUACUUCACCACAUACCCCAUCCCCAUACACACGACCCCAGAGCACAGUGUGACCCCCAGAGACACAACCAGAAGUUUCCCCUUCUUCACCCUCUCCACCAGCACCAACAUAUACACUACAACUCCCAGCAGCCUGUUCACUGACUCAAACGUUAACUUCACCUUUAUCAGCAAUGACACCACAGUGACCCCCAUUCACAGCUAUGACAUAACAGGGGCAGAAACCACAACUCCCAGCAGCCCAUACUACAUGGAUGAUGUCAUAAAGCCAACUGAAACAAACUACUUUGAGGAUGUGACAUCGCCCAGCAGAACCAUCCCAUACACUGAUGUCACAAUGUCCAGCGGUGGUGAUGUCAUAAUACCUAGUGCAACUGUGCCCUAUGGCACUGAUGUCACAAUGCCCAUUGGAACCAUGCCUUAUGAUGAUGACAUCACAGUGAUGAUUCCUACAGUCCCCAGGGAUGACAUCAUAGAUAUGACCACCCUUGAUUGUCCAGAAAUCACAGAGUACGUAUCUGUGAGCUCCAUUGUUCCCACAACAACCACGGUAGGGCCAACAACAGAGUUAAUGACAGAGCAAAUGACAGCCAAGCCUCCCACAACAACAACAACAACCAAAAAACCCAUUUGGCCGCUAAGCCACCAGGAGGAGACCAGCGAAAAUAACUCCAUUGACGUUCUCUACAACCAGAUCAUCGGAGUAGACAAUGUCAUCUCCCAAAACAACCUGAUCCCCAGACGGAGCCGGGUGUUCCUCCGGGAGAGAACACGGAACAAACGCAUCCAGGAACUCCUGGAGGAGAAGAGGAACUUUCUGUUGAGGAUGAAGCGGGCUCAGAGUGGUGCUGCUUGAUGAUGAUAGACCUUCCUUCCUCCCUAACACUCCCUUGAUUUCUCUUAUAGAGAUUUACCUACGUCUGCUAACAGACUGGAGUUAUUAUUUAACCCUUAACCUGCCUUGGUGCUCUCUAUCAGGUACUGACCCAUCACACACCCAGAGUCAUGGUACAGACAUACAGUACCGGUCAAAACUUUGGACACACCUACUCAUUCAAGCGUUUUUCUAUAUUUUUACGCU